GAUGAAUACGUCGAUGUACAAUUACGUCCAAAUCUCCAGUCUAGGUCCCGAAGAUUAAUGGAUGCAGGAUUGAAUAAGUGGCAAUGUCCUCAGUGCAAGGAUCUGAGGAAUGUCAAGCAUCUAGCAGGUGACAAUCCAUCGCAAAGACAUCGCAUUCCCAGACAUACUCGAAGAUGCCGUCCGGAUAUAGAUCUAUUACUUGCAUGUGUGUGCUGAUGAACUCAGAUACGCAGUGCAUUGAUAGCUGUCCUUCGUGUUUGCUGUCAACUGGGUCAUGCGUGCAGAACGCAGAUCCUGGAGCUGGAAGUACUAACUCGUUCCAAAUGGUCCCGAAGACGAUUGAAUACUUGCGAUUUCCAUUCGAUACUUGACUCAAAUCUUAAACGACACUUCCUCCAUGCAGACGCUCUUUGUUGAGACGUUCCAUUCCUUGCAGCGCUUAAAACUUACCAUCGUGAUUCUGCUCCCAUCCUUUCUAGAUAAAAGUCAUUCUUUCAUUAUACGUACUUAUCUGACAGCGGCCAGAGUUCAUUGGCUCUGGAUCUUGAUGAUGGAGCCUUUACUGACCCCAUUUUUCAUUGACAUAGAGGAUUGAGGGUAUAUAGGCUGAACUCCUAGUCCAACACAUUUCAAGGUACCUUCGGAUAAAGUUUAUCAUCAUGGCGGCGAUUCCUUCCACACUGAAGAAUGUUGCUGCUCGAGGCAUCAUCCCUCUCAUCGCAGAAAUCGCUUUGCCUUCCAAUCGCCGUGCUCUUGCAGAUCGCAAGACUGUGGCAAUAGACGAGAUCCCCAAUCCUGCAAACAUACAAGGCGACGUUUAUCUUCUUUUCCCUAAGGUUGCAGAGUGCUUUUUGUUCUUUUGGAUCGGCGACGUGCCCAAGUUCAAAGCUGCCCUCAAAAAUUACACCCCGACUUCCUCUGCCGGUGUCAUCGCCAACCUUCAAACUAUCUCCAAAGCGAAAGAACGCGGUGAAGUUGUAGACAUCGUCCAAACGCAGAUUGCUUUCAGCCGUUCUGGUCUGACCAAAUUGGGUUGGACGGAUGCUGUUGGCGACGUACGCUUCGACGGAGGUUCGAUGCGUAGAGACAAGGAGGCUUUAGGCGAUCAACGCCAAUGGAGUGACAUCUUCGACUCCGGAACGGUCCAGGGCGUAUUCAUCAUAGCUGCUGCAGAUGCCGCGAAACGAGAUGAUGCUCGCGUGAAGCUCGAGCAACAGUUCAACGCUGGAGUGGAGAAGUUUUCCCACCUCAAUGGUGACCGUCGUACGGGAGAUUUCAAGGGUCAUGAACACUUUGGCUAUAUGGAUGGCAUUUCCCAGCCUGCUCUUCGCGAUCUUGUUCAGCCUCACAAGGGUCAAAUCGAAGUCGAUCCGGGCGUUGUUGUUAUGGGCUACAAGGGUGAUCCCGUUUUCGAUAAUCUCGACCCAAAUGUUCCCAAACGGCCUUCCUGGACUAAGGACGGAACUUUCAUGGUCUUCCGGAAGUUGGAGCAAGAUGUCAAAGGCUUCAAUGAUUACCUCCAACGUAACGCUCACCGCUGGAAGGACUUCUGGCCGGAUGGGACUGUUGAACCACCCCUCAGCGAUCAAGAAGGGGCCGAUUUGUGGGGUGCCCGGAUGAUUGGGAGGUGGAAAUCUGGAUGCCCGGUCGACAAAUCACCGUAUCGUGACAAUAAGGAGAUCGCGGGGAACCCAGAUGAAAACAACGAUUUCGAUUACAUAGUACCAUUUCAGACAGGUCCCAGCGAUAUACGCUGCCCGUUCACUGCUCAUACCCGGAAGACGGCCCCUAGGGACCUCGAUCCCUACAUGUCGAAGAAGUUCUUGCAGUCAACUGCGAUCGUACGUGCUGGACUCCCAUACGGCAAAGAGUACACGGAAGCACCGGACGAUCCUGAGCGCGGUUUGCUGUUCGCCUGUUAUAGCUCCAGCAUCGCCAAUGGCUUCUACCUCCAAACGACAGGAUUUGCGAAUAACGAUUACUUCCCUAUUACAGGAGUUUCUCCGGCGAAGCACGGUCAAGACCCCAUUCUUGGUGGACCAGGACCCAUUGCUAACGCUGACAUCACCAGUACUGGCGACCUGAAGCUCAAGGGGGAGGUUACUGUCUACCUCCAGGACAAGACUGGGUGCCAACCUUUGGAAAUCAACGGAUUUGCUAAACCCUACGUACCUAGCGUCUACACCCAGGACUUCUUCGUGACGUCGAGAGGUGGAGAAUAUCUUUUCGUGCCGUCGAUUGAGAUGGUCAAACAACUUGCAAACAACUGAUAAUCACAAUCAUCUUCAUUUGUACAGUAUUUGAAAUGAAUCACUCUUUCAUGAAUGUCCACCAUGACUCAACGC